GGCGCAGUGGGUGCCGCGUUGGCGAAGCAAUGGCUCUUCUAAGCAAAUUUCUCACCGAGAAGCUCGGCCUCAGAGUGCACAGGGCAACGUGUCAUGAGAUGAUACACACGUGGAAUGCCAGUUGCUACGGUGCAAUUGCGGACACGCUCCGGGACACCUCGCUGUUCGCAUUCAAAACCUACCUCCUCUUUUAUUCCCUGGCAGGAAUCGUUUCGGUUAGGGAUAUCCGAGAAAUUCGCUGGCGUACAAUCAUUAUCAACACUCUUCGUUCCGCGUCUUUCUUGACGGUCAAUGUUGCGGCGUUCCUGUGGCUGAUGUGUCGGAUGAGACUCCUGCUCGGCUGUUUCACCGUACCGACGCUCGGUCUAGUCAAUGGAAUUAUUGCAUCGAUGUUUGCGAUUCUGAUAGAGAAUCCGAGGAGGCGAGCAAAUCUCGCCCUCUACUUGUCCAAUCUGCUUGUGAGUCAUGGAUACCUGAAACAUCUGCCAAAUGGUGCCGCAAUCAUAUUUGGGAUUGGCAUUGCCGGGCUUUUCUGUCUACUUCGGAGAGGGAAACUUGAUGCCAGCACAAAGCACUCCGUUGAGUAUGCGCUGCUUUUGGACGAGAGUUGUGAGCUGCUUCCUCAUCCCACUCUAUGCAAAAUUUCGUACGGAGUUGGCGAUGCGCUGUUCCGGUUGCGACAUAUGUACAUGAAACAUCCACUAUGCCAGCACAAUUAUUCAUGCCUGAGCAGAAUUGUCGAGGCGUUCUGCAAGAACUUCUUCAAAGGCUUAAUUUGGAGUGUUUGCAUCACCUUGCUGAACAGCGGUUUUGCGGUUGUGCGCCGGCCCUUUGCAUUUAUCUUUCUCCUUCUUUCCUUCCGCACUUUGCGACUGCCAUUGUUUUAUGGAUCUCUGGCAUCUUUAUGUCAGGUGGUGCGCUGUGGGGACCGUUAUUUGGCACUUCGGCAGUCGGCCCCGGCAUAUCUCUAUGGCAUAGCCAGUGCUUUUGCUAUGCUUGUUUAUUCGAAUUGUUCGGUGGCUUUAUUUGUGUUUUGGAAGUAUGCGCUACUUUUGGACGAGAGUUGUGAGCUGCUUCCUCAUCCCACUCUAUGCAAAAUCUCGUACGGAGUUGGCGAUGCGCUGUUCCGGUUGCGACAUAUGUACAUGAAACAUCCACUAUGCCAACACAAUUAUUCAUGCCUGAGCAGAAUUGUCGAGGCGUUCUGCAAGAACUUCUUCAAAGGCUUAAUUUGGAGUGUUUGCAUCACCUUGCUGAACAGCGGUUUUGCGGUUGUGCGCCGGCCCUUUGCAUUUAUCUUUCUCCUUCUUUCCUUCCGCACUUUGCGACUGCCAUUGUUUUAUGGAUCUCUGGCAUCUUUAUGUCAGGUGGUGCGCUGUGGGGACCGUUACUUGGCACUUCGGCAGUCGGCCCCAGCAUAUCUCUAUGGCAUAGCCAGUGCUUUUGCUAUGCUCGUUUAUUCGAAUUGUUCGGUGGCUUUAUUUGUGUUUUGGAAGUUCAUAGAGGCUUCUUACUUUGCGUACUGUAAAGGACUUGCAGUGCCAUAUGGCGACGUACUUCUGUAUGCCUUAUCGACAGGUUUCGUGGCAUGGAAUGCAACGGUCGAACCUCAUACUCUUCGGAAAGCCUACUGGAAAUUUCUCGUUGGACUUACUGGAAGAAGGAUUGAAUUGCUGAACAGGCGUCUUUUUGACCAUUUUGGGUACCGAUCAUCUGAGAAGUUUUCGAAUUUUGUGCCCAAGCUUCUUACUUUGCGUACUGUAAAAGACUUGCAGUGCCAUAUGGUGACGUACUUCUGUAUGCCUUAUCGACAGGUUUCGUGGCAUGGAAUGCAACGGUCGAACCUCAUACUCUUCGGAAAGCCUACUGGAAAUUUCUCGUUGGACUUACUGGAAGAAGGUUAGCU